CUAUUGUAUCAAAGCAUAUUACUUUUAAUAUGCCAGUAUAUCGAUUUGUUGGAUUAAUUGAACUAAAAGAUUGUAGCGCAAAUGGAAUUAUGAAAGAAUUAAAUGAAUUUUUUAAAAUUAAAAAUCUUUCAGUUUUAACAUUAGGUCAUUUUGGUAGCGAUGGAGCAUCAGUUAU